GGUGUGUAGUGCGCAUGCGCGGCGCGUCAGAUCCGGCUGCGGAAGGAUGAAUGUAAAUGUCAAAGAUGGCGGCGGAGGGAGGAGGGAAGGAGAUGAACGAGAUCAAGAGUCAGUUCAGCACGCGGGAAGGCGCGUAUAAACUCCUCACGCACUCAGAGUACAGCAGACCCAACCGAGUGCCCUUCAACUCUCAGGGAUCGAACCCCGUCAGAGUCUCGUUCGUCAACGUCAACGAUCAGUCCGGGAACGGCGAGCGCAUCUGCUUCAAUGUGGGCCGGGAGCUCUACUUCUACAUCUAUAAAGGCGUCAGGAAGGCUGCUGAUCUGAGUAAGCCCAUAGACAAGAGGAUCUACAAGGGAACGCAGCCCACGUGCCACGACUUCAAUCACCUGACGGCGACGGCGGAGAGCGUGUCUCUGCUGGUGGGCUUCUCCGCUGGACAGGUGCAGCUCAUCGACCCCAUCAAGAAGGAGACCAGCAAACUCUUCAAUGAAGAAAGACUCAUAGAUAAAUCCCGGGUCACGUGUGUGAAGUGGGUCCCGGGCUCCGAGAGCCUGUUCCUCGUGGCUCACUCCAGCGGGAGCAUGUACCUGUAUAACGUGGAGCACACCUGCGGCACCACGGCGCCUCACUACCAGCUGCUGAAGCAGGGCGAGAACUACAGCGUUCACACCUGCAAGAGCAAGUCCACGCGCAACCCUCUGCUCAAGUGGACGGUGGGCGAGGGCGCGCUGAACGAGUUCUCCUUCUCUCCCGACGGGAAGUUCCUGGCCUGCGUGAGUCAGGACGGUUUCCUGCGGGUCUUCAACUUCGACGCGGUGGAGCUGCACGGCACCAUGAAGAGCUACUUCGGAGGCCUGCUGUGCGUCUGCUGGAGCCCUGACGGGAAGUACAUCGUGGCCGGCGGAGAGGACGACCUGGUGACCGUCUGGUGCUUCUCAGACUGCCGGGUGAUCGCUCGCGGACACGGACACAAGUCCUGGGUGAGCGUGGUGGCGUUUGACCACUACACCACCAGCGUGGAGGAGAGCGAGCCCAUGGAGUUCAGCGGCAGCGACGAGGACUUCCAGGAUCAAAUCCACUUCGGCCGAGAUCGGGCCAACAGCACACAGUCACGUCUGUCCAAGCGCAACUCCACGGACAGCCGACCGGUCAGCGUGACCUACCGCUUCGGCUCGGUGGGGCAGGACACUCAGCUGUGCCUGUGGGACCUGACGGAGGACAUCCUGUUCCCACACCUCCCUCUGUCCCGGACACGGACGCACACUAAUGUGAUGAACGCCAGCGGCCCACCGGCCACAGGAAGUGGAGGCAGCGGCACCAUCAUCACUGGCUCCAUCAACCCCAGCACCAACGGCAGCAGCAGCGGCUCAAGUGUGCCGGGGAAUACACUCCCCGCUCCGCUGCCGCGCUCCAACAGUCUCCCGCACUCCGCCGCUAACAGCAAGAGCGCCGCCUCGGACAACCCCAUCGCCGCCGGAGUCAGCAAGUUCGCCACGCUCUCGCUGCACGACCGCAAAGAGCGGCACCCCGACAAAGACCACAAGCGCAACCACAGCAUGGGCCACAUCAGCAGCAAGAGCAGCGACAAGCUCAACCUGCUGACCAAAACCAAAACAGACCCCGCCAAGACUCUGGGCACGCCGCUGUGUCCGCGCAUGCAGGACGUGCCGCUGCUCGAGCCGCUCAUCUGUAAAAAGAUCGCACACGAGAGACUCACCGUGCUCAUCUUUCUAGAGGACUGUUUAGUCACCGCGUGUCAGGAGGGCUUUAUUUGCACGUGGGCGAGACCCGGCAAAGUGGGUUUGUUGUCAUCCCAGAAUCAAGCCAGUUCUCCCAGUGGAACAGUAGUAUAGCCUCUCUUUCUGCUGCUAUGAGAUCCGCAUCCGUCUCCCCUCAGAACUCCCAGUUUUCCUGCUUUCUGUCGUUCCGGAGGCUCGUGGAGAGACUGUACCACGGGGCUCCUUCCAUUUCUUCUGUUCUCAGAGUAUUUAUUUAAUUGUUUUAUUGCUUUCACUCUCAGAUGCGUCCUCCUGUGUACUUCAAGCUUCCCGAGGUGUGUGAGCUCAUUCAGUCGUGUAACGCAGUGGGUUUGAACUCCGUCAGGAGACUCGCUUCAGCACAGAUCCUUUCCACACGCUCUUAUUUUCACCCUCCUUCUUCAGGAACAGAUUUCAUCCCCGCUGUUGAAAACUUUGCACUGAUUUUAUUUUGGUGGUUUUUCUGGUCACUACCAUAAAGGAUCAAAAAAGACGAAAGGAAAGCGAGAGAUGUUUGGGGAAGGCCUCGAUGCACUUGGCUUUAAUAUCCUCUGUCUUGAAAUCUGAAUCUGAAAAGCUGGAUGCUGCAAUCAUAGUUUUUUAAAGAAAAUUUCUUUGCACUUAAUAGUUUAUUAGAAGAGAAUGGCUUUACAUUUUUGUGUGCGAGGACUCACAGACUGGUAUAAUGUGGAGAAUUAUGAUUAAAACUUUGUAUCUAUGAGCAUUUAUUUUAAUAUUGUUUCAGAUAAAAAUUGCUUUGUAUUAUAUGUAUAAUAUUGUAAUUCAGUGAUUUAUCGGGGCGAAAGCAAAUGAUCAGUAACUCUAGUGAACGUUUGUCAUCAUUACAGGAAAUAGUGACAUUUCUAAAGCAGAAAAAUAGACUUAAUAAUAUUAAAAUAAUCUUAAAUAUGCAGGUUUCAGUUUUUUUUUGUUUGGUUUUCCUGUCUCUUGUACAGAAGUCACCCAGAUGUAUUUUGAUAUGGGAGAAUCUAUUGUUAGACUGCAGAGCGUGUGAAGCUCAGGAAGUCCAGCAGACGAAGAAAACAAACCUAACGAAAGAGUUUCCAGAGUUCAUAUUUUUAAACUUAUUCUGUGUACUUCUAAGAAAAGCUACUAGCCGACUGGGUUUAGAGUCGAUCAGUAGAAUCUGUGUGACACUAUUAAACAUUUAACAGAGCCUUUUUGUGACUCUCAGUCGUUGUUAAUGAAAUAUACACUAACCAGGAAAGACCAGGAUGUGCAAGUGGUCAUAUUUUUGAUUGAUGUGGUGAACAUUUUCCAUUUCACAUUUUGUUCUUCAUUAAAAAAGGUCCAUGGA